CGUCUAGUGGUGGUGGGUUUGCCAUCUGGCCGACAGGGGGCACAGCCCACGACUUGAUCGCCGCGGUACGGCUGUGAACACUGCAAAACAUGGCGGUUUGUGUGGCAAUUGUUGGCAAAGAUAACUCUCCCAAAUAUUUUUGUUGUUUGAAUCCGGACGAGGAGUUAAGUUUUCAAUAUAAGGUUUUGUCGUCUUUGGAUGUGAUUGAGGAGAAGUUAAAUGCGGGGAAUAAGGGCACCAAUGAUUUGAGGGAAUUGUAUUUAGGGAUGCUUUAUUCCCUUGAGACGCAUAAAAUAUAUGGGUACGUCACGAAUACGAAAAUUAAGUUUGUUAUUGUUGUGGAUUCCACAAACAUGGCACUUAGGGAUAAUGAAAUUAGAUCAAUGUUUAGAAAAUUACACUCGGAAUAUGCUGAUAUCGUCUGUAAUCCGUUCUACAUUCCGGGAGAAUCGAUUUGUUCUAAAUCUUUUGAUGUCAGUGUUAAAAAUAUAAUGACAGGGACUGUGUAAUUUAUUAGUAACUUAGUUGGCAUAGCUGGUUUUGAAAUAAAAGUCGCAAUAUCGCUGAGAA